AAAACGUAUAUAAAACGUACGAGGUCUGUUCAAAAAGUAUCGCGAAUUUUGAAUUUCCGCGGGUUACGUAUAUUCGAUUUUCGAUUUUUUUGUGGCGUUAUGUUGGUACUCAUGUCUCUCACUUAUGCCGACAAGUUCGGCCAUUUUGAAUGUUCAGUUAAUUUUUGACAGCUGCUUUGCUUGCACGUGUUUUGGUUCGUCUUCGAUUUCUGCCUAUUCCAAAAAAUGGAUCAAAGAAUCUGUAUCAAAUUUUGUGUGAAAAACAAAAUUAAAUGCGCGGACGCAUUCCGAAUGUUGGCUGUGGCAUAUGGUGAAGCUACCUUGGACCGAAGCAACGUUUAUCGGUGGUACAAAAUGUUCUCAGAGGGCCGAGAAGAUGUGAACGACGAAGAGCGUGCCGGACGCCCGAGCACGUCAACAACAGACGAAAACAUUGAUGAAGUGAAGAAAAUAGUAUUGGCCAAUCGUCGAAUCACCGUCAGAGAAGUUGCUGAGGACCUAAACAUAUCGAUUGGCUCGUGCCAUUCGAUUUUUACCAAUGAUUUGGGCAUGAGACGGGUCGCCGCGAAAUUCGUGCCAAAAUUGCUCAAUUUCGACCAAAAACAGCAUCGCAUUAACAUUGCUAAGGAGCUGUUGGACUCUGCCGCAGCCACCGUAUUCCCCAGAUUUGGCCCCCUGUGACUUUUUCUUGUUCCCGAAUCUGAAGAGGCCCAUGAAAGGACGACGCUACGCUACGAUUGAGGAGAUAAAGACGGCAUCGAAGGAGGAGCUGAACAAGAUCACAAAAAAUGAUUUUUUGAAGUGCUUCGAGGAUUG